UUCAAAGUCUUCUUAGAUGUCUAGGGGGUAAACGGUCAGUUGUAGCAGAAGACCAAACCGUGUCGUUGGAAUGGCUCUGGAGGUUUUUCACAAAGAUGAGACUUUGCAAAUGCGCAGGAAGCUGAUUGGACAGUCCUGCAGACUCUUUUUCUCCCAUGAUCCUGUGAAAAUCGUGAGAGCACGGGGCCAAUAUUUAUAUGAUGAGAAUGGCAUGCAGUACUUGGAUUGCAUUAGUAAUGUUCAACAUGUGGGACACUGUCACCCCAGCAUCACUCAGGCCGCUGCUGCUCAGAUGGAUCUUCUAAAUACAAACACUAGAUUCCUUCAUGACAAUAUAGUGCAGUAUGCAGAUCGGCUGAGAGCCACACUGCCAAAGAAGAUUUGUGUCUUUUAUUUUGUCAACUCAGGUUCAGAGGCUAAUGAUCUUGCUUUGAGACUGGCCCGUCAGUAUACCCAACACCAGGAUGUCGUCGUGCUAGAUCAUGCAUAUCAUGGACAUCUCACCCCACUCAUCGACAUCAGCCCGUACAAGUUCCGGAAACUAGAGGGCCAAAAGGAAUGGGUUCAUGUGGCACCUCUCCCUGAUACUUACCACGGAAUUUACAGAGAAGAUCAUCCUGACCCAGGACAGGCUUAUGCAGACACAGUGAAAAGUCUUAUUGAAGAGGCGCAUAAGAAAGGCCGCAAGAUUUCGUCUUUUUUUGCUGAAUCUUUACCCAGUGUUGGUGGCCAGAUCAUUUUUCCAGCUGGUUAUUGUAAAAGAGUAGCAGAAUACGUUCAUGAAGCAGGAGGAGUUUAUGUGGCAGAUGAGAUUCAGACGGGCUUCGGUCGUGUUGGGAGUCAUUUCUGGGCUUUUCAGCUUGAAGGUGAAGACUUCUGUCCUGACAUUGUGACCAUGGGAAAACCAAUGGGCAAUGGGCAUCCGAUUGCAUGUGUGGCCACUACAAAGGAGAUAGCUGAUGCUUUUACAGACAAUGGUGUGGAGUACUUCAACACAUUUGGUGGUAACCCAGUAUCCUGUGCCAUUGGUCUGGCGGUGUUAGACGUGAUAGAGAAGGAAGACCUCAGAGGCAAUGCUGUGCGUGUCGGUGGUCAUCUUAAACAGCUGCUCCUUCAGCUUCAGACUAAACAUCAACUCAUCGGAGAUGUGCGUGGUGUUGGACUGUUUAUAGGUAUGGAGCUUGUUAAAGACAGGGUGUCCCGAAAACCAGCAACAGAAGAAGCAGCACAUCUUGUUCGAAGGCUGAAAGAGGAGCGUAUAGUUAUCAGCACUGAUGGACCAUGGGACAGUGUCAUCAAAUUCAAACCUCCAAUGUGCUUCAGUAAGGAGGAUGCUGAAAGAGUCGCUACUUGCUUUGACCAAAUUCUUGGAGAAUUGGAGACUACCCACCAAAAAGAGAACUGUGGAAAAAGUUGAGGUUUAAAAAAACAUUCUGAGAAGAAUUUAUUAAUGUGGUGCAUAGAGCAAACAUUUUACAUUUGAUUUAAGUAAAUAAUCAUGUGAUUUGAAUUCCUAAAUAUAAAUCUUUUUAUAUUCAGAAGCCAUUUAAAAAUACUGAAAUUCACUCAUGCUACAAAUCUGACAUGGAAUACUUUUGAAAUAAAACUUUAUAUUAACAUGAAAUCACAUUUCUACAUGUAAGUUUCCAGAAUGAUUAGGAGUUUAAGAUUUCAUUGUGUUUUUAUACUAUACAGUCAUACAACAAUAUAAAUCACUUUUUGGUAAACCUGAUGGUACACAAGUACUCCAGUCUUUAUAUUAUACUUUAUAUUACAUUUGUACUCAAAUAUAUGUUGUGGUUGCAUUAAAUAAUGACACUAAUAAUAAAUGUGGUUAUUGACAAGCAGAUUUGCUUCUAUCUGAAAAA